AUGGGUCUGAACCUCUUGAAGUUCUCGCUAGCUAAGCCGGUGGCCAGCUUGGGGAAUGUGACUGACCUUCUUGGACUUGACGCAAAGUCUAAUACGGAGUCUGACCUUCUUGAAGACUGGCUUCUUGCCGAGAUUGAGCCCCAGCCGAUGCCAUCCAGCGAGGAGCCGGAUGAGGCGGAUGGCUCGGAAAAGAAAAAGGACAAUGACAGCCCUACCCCGUGCACCUCAAAGAAUGAUGCUCAAGAUGAUGAGCCGAGUACAUCAUCGGCGUUAGACAUUGAAGAAGAUGGCGUCGAUGUUGAUAGCGACGUUUUUGAAUACAUGGACUCCCCGCCGCCCUAUUCCCCAUCGGAGGCAUGGCGAGAUGAGACGGCGGCGGUUCGACCGCGUUGCGUCUUUUUCUUGAGGAGAGCGCUGACGCCGCGAUUCGAGGAGGGCGAUCCGCAUGGGGAUCGACUGCAUCCGAUUCAUCGGGAAAUCGAGUACGAUGCCGAGAAGCUGGAGCAGGGAUUGUUCAAGGACGCCGGGAACCAUGAAGACUACAUGACCAGCGUGCUCGAAAAGAUCUCCACCUCGACGGGCGGUCAAGAAACGGCGGGCCAGGCGUGGAAUGAACUGCUCCGAGUUGAGGGCGUCGGCCCAGCGAAUCAG